GCCAUAGACCAUAGACAUCUUCAGUAAAACAGGUGGUGCUAUAUGCCUAUGGUAUCAUGGCCAGAGGUUUUAUAUCGGUUCGGUUUCGUGUAGGUUGCAUCACAGAACAUAUUAUCUAGUAAUUGCAGAAGAAUGAAGUGGCUUUGAGCGUUUGUCUUGUGGAAGCAGGUGCGACAGUAGCUUAUUGACUAGGUAGCGUGGCCUUUCUGAAGACCAAAUACAGAUGAAGACAAACAUGGGGUCCAAAAGCAAGAAGAGAGUGGUACUUCCGUCCAGACCAGACCCACCAUCAGUGGAGCAGAUCAUCGAGGAUAUCAACAGAGCAUUUCCGAAUGAUCCAGUCUUCAAUAUUUUGCAGAAUGGCAUCCAAGAUGUGAGUACAGGGUCAUCUGACAGUGAGGUUGAAACCCGGUAUCAGCAGAGCCGACGGUAUCUGGAGCUGAACGACAGGUUACAGGAGGCGCGUGGUCAGCUGGUUCGCCAGAGGGAGGAGCUUCGUGCAGUGGGAGAGAAUUUGCAACGCAGCGUUGAAGAGGUCAAGGGGAGAGCAUUGUGAAGUUUUACUGGCUUCAUGAAGAAUAAUACCUCUUGGGGACAAUGUGGGUUUUCUGCACUCCAGAUUAUUCACCUUUAUUCAAGAAGACUUUUCACUUGUACCUGAAGUCUUCCUCAAAAAUGUGCACAUAUUCUGUAUACAUAUUUAUGCGUGCCACACAAAUAGUUCAGGUAGUUGGUACUGGCGGACAGGAUAGAACACCUAUGAGACCAAAGGAUUGAAAAAUGACCUUAUGCGAAGAUUAAACACUGUCAUUAAGACCACAUGUGAACCUUAAUUAAUGGAUAUUGGCAAUUCAAAGAUGGUGUGUAAGUAAAUCCCUAACAAUGCACCUUCUGUUAAAAAAAAAAAACGAAAGUUAGGCGGUGGUCACAUUAGCUAUUUGUGACAAAUAUACAGGUAAUGUUGAUUUUCUUUUCCAUGCAUCAUAUAGGCCUGUCUGUGAUUUGAUUGUUUCACACUGAAGUGACAUUUUGGCUUAAAAUUAGUAUGAGAAUCUCCAUAUUGCUUGAGCCAUUUCUUUUUGUGAAGGUGUUCAUGUUGAAAAUUUAUUAAUCAGUUAUGAACUGAUAUUUACUUUUCAUUCCAGUAUUCAUAUCAUAUUUUUAUUGUGCAGAUGAUUAAAUCAGUUUUCAUAUAUUCAGAAGGUUUAACAAACAAUAUAGAUAUUUAUACAUAAUUGCUGUCAAAUACAAUCUUGUGAAAUAUGCCUUCACUGCUAUAUUGUUCAUCCUCAAAGUUAAAUGUAUGGAAUUGCACUAAGCAUCAGCCUAGUGCAAUUGGUAGCAUCAGCAAAUAUGUGCAUUUUGAUGUCUAUCCAUUCAUUUUUUUUGUCUUAACUGCAGCAUUAUUUUCUGGUUUUACAUUACAGUUUUGACCUACAAAGCCCCAGCCCUUCCAGGGUUUGUUCCCCAUAAUGACAUGAAUGACAUUAUGCUCUAAAUUAUUACCUUCAUGUUAAAAUUAUGAUAAUGGACAUAAUUGGUGCAUCCUUUCUGAGAAUGUCAUGGUAGUCCAAAUAUUAUUGACUGAAUCCCGUUCACUUUGCUCAGCAAUCCAGAUACAUUUUGAGCAGAGUUUAGUAUAGUUAUUAAUGUGUACAUUUAUCUUGCUUUACAGAUACAGUUGCUUAGCAGGUUUAGUUCAUUGAAAAUUGGUUAAUGGUCUUUUCAUAAAAGCUGGGUGCUGGAUAACAGUGUGGCCAUGAGAAUGUUGAUGCUUUAUGAAAUGCGGCAUUUGCUGUUAUGGAUUAGGGUUGAGGAAUAAUAACUAUAGAAUGUUGACAGUAUACAGGAUUGGAGUAAGAAAAUGCACUCUUCUUUUCAUGAAAACAUUUAUUGUGUGGAUUCUUUCUCAUGAAGUACAUUAACUAUUGCCUUUAUAAAUGCUGUACAGCCUUUAUGUCCUGUAAUUUCCAUUUUAAUCCAAAUACAGAAAUUA